AUGAUUGGCAGCAGAGUCUUGCGCAUCUGGGACCACGAACAUCUUGAUUCCGUACUCGCCGACUACGUCCGAUGCGAACCGCACGGACGCUCUGUGUUCGAGCAGAACCAGUUUCGCAUCAUAUGGUCCCAUCGUGCAGGUCCUUGGGACUGGGAUAACAAGCAACCAACGGCGAAGGAAGACCCGCAGUAUCAUCUCGUACAGCAGGCGGUGAAGAAAUACUUUCGAGAGAAGGGCCGCGUGCGGGUGGGCACUUUCGAACUUCCUCCCGACAUUCUACCGAAGGCGUGGACUGGGGAACAAGUUGCAGGAUGGCUAUAUGGGGCGGAGAUAAAGGAACUCGUCAGGAAGGUGACGGGUCUCGUACCGGGAAGACGAGAUGGCUUUCUGGCGCAAUUCAUGAAGGCGAGGAAGUCCGUAUACAAGCGACUUCCUCAGGAAGACAGGGACAUUCUGGAGGGCAUUGCACAACGCUGGGAGAUACUUGGUCCGCCGCCAUACGUGAAGAAGAAGUGA